GAUAAUGCCAACCAGAAGCUUAACAUGGCUACAGAUAUGGAUUCAGAUCAGGUUGGUAAUGCUAGAGAGACAAUGGCAGAAGCAAUGGACUAUGGGAAAGACAAAGCAGCCAAUGCCUAUGACGAAGCUAGGCAGAAGAUAAGAAUAGCUUCAGGCAUGGCUUCAGAUGGCGGCUAUGAUGCCAAGAAGACAAUUGCUGAUGGAAUGGAGUACGGAAGAGAUAAAGCAGCCAAUGCCUAUGAUCAAGCCACCCAGAAGUUUGAGAUGGCUUCAAAUGUGGCUUCCAACAAAACCGAUGAUGUCAAAGAAACAAUGACAGGAGCUAUGCAAUAUGUAAGAGACAAAGUGGCCAAUGCCUAUGAGGAAGGAAGUCAAAAAAUGAAUACAGCUUCCAAUGAUGUCUCUCAUGUCAAAGAGAAUAUGGCUGGGGCAGUAAAUUAUGGAAGUGAUAAAGAAUCAAAUGCCUGGGAUGAAGCUAAAGAGAUGGCAGCAGGAUCAAUGGGUUAUGGAAAAGAUAGAGUUGCCAAUGCCUAUGAUGAAGCUAAGAUCGAGGUAGGAGAAACGUAUGCAUCAGCCAAGGAGACCAUGAAUGAAGAGGCUAAGGCUAAGUAUGAGGCAGCCAAAGAGAAGGCUUCGCAGGCUGUGGGUGAUCUUGGAGCUAGGAUGAGAGUGAAUAGCGCAGAACUUUGAGUGGAGCUACAUUUGCUGACUUUGUGAAGCUAUCUGUAAGUCAUGACCGUUUUUAUUUCUUUCCUGUUCUUGAAACAUACUCUUUUUUAGGAUACAUGCAGACAUAGGCAUAUAGACCUUGAAGAAAUAAUUCGUGGAUUGUCUGUUGCUCAUUUCGGUAGUAUAUUUGAAAAAAAAAAAAAAAAGAAAUUGGAAGUAUAUUGAACACAUACUGUAUUACCCAUAACAAAUUUCAUUUAUUUUUUAAAAGCAAAUUUCAUUUAUUUUUUAACCUCAAAAUUCUAGUGCAUAGAGAA